GAAUAUGGCAUUGCAAGGACAUCAGGUUAUUUUGAAUCACCCUGUAUAUGCUCAAAUUUUCUGUGCUACAUUAUGCGCGAGCAAAUUGCUACAUAGAAAUAUUAAACAAAAGAAUUCUCAAGUAUCAAGUGGAAACAUUCAUUCUUUUGGAAUUCUUUCUUUUACGAGAUGACCUUCGUCGUUCUCUUGCAUGAAGGUUCUUCGCGGAGCUUUUCGUUUUAAAAACCGCCGUCGGUCAGCUCAUAUCCGUCGCACAGCCGCGAGAUGGCAGUAGUUAUAAGUCAGACGCCGCCGUCACUGCGAUGACUUCGUGGUGAUCCCGGCAGACGGAUGGUUCGCGUAGUAUUGAUACGCGCGUGUGUCACGCUUGUCUCAUCGCGUAACCGGUCUUCUCGUUUGUGUGCUUCUUUUCGCGGAACGUCGUUCGUUGUCACCGUUCGCUGCCGUUGUUGCCAUCAUCGUCGUCGUUGUCGUCGUCGUCACAGCGCAAAGGUAAAUCGCGAGGAAAACGCGCGCGAAGGGGCGAUGGAACGCGCGUUGCAGAGAAGGAACAUCACGGAUCCGCGCACGCGUGCACGCGCGGCCGUCGUCGCGAAAGCUAAUAACUCGUGCGAGAACUCUUGACACUUCCGUAAAAUGGGAGUCUCUUCACGGUGCUCGUGAUCCAUCAAAAGUGCGCCGUGAUCCAUCUCCCAUAACAUCCCCUCUUCUAAAAUUCUCUCCUCGUCCUUCAGCAAUCUUGUCGUCGUGUCGUCCGCGACUUUUUCGCAGCGUGUCCUCGAGAGCAUUCCUCUUUUCUCGCUGUUAUUGUUCUCCCUUUUCGCAUCUUCGUCAUCGUUAUUUUCCGCAACGACGCGCGACGUCGUGCCAGUUCCAAAACUUUUGAACGCGCGCGUUUGACUCGAUCCGCCGUGUUUCGUAGUGUUGCGCGCGGUUUCGCGCGACAUAUUCGAAGCGUCACGACGAUGGACGAAUCCGGGAUCGAUAUGGGAUUCGACCUGACGGCUGCACUUGCCGUUGCUGAUCCGUACGCCCAUAAUGUCGCUAUCGGGGAUUAUGAUGACGAUUUCGAGCAGACUUUAUCCCUUCUAUCGUCUUCCACCAAGGACUUGAUGUACUAUGAGCUGAAAAGCCGCGCACCUGACACUGGCAGUCCGCCGACUUUCAAAACAACGACUCCGACGUCGCGUACGCAAUUGAAGCUGCAGCUGAUGCGGGAGCAGCUGCAGGAGCAAGAGAGGCGACAGGCGGAGUUCCGGCAGAGCUUGCAGCAGCAGAGACCAGCUGCCGCACUGCCCAGACCAGUGCCGCCUACGCCAUUGCCCACUAUUGGCGUGGAUGUUCCACCACAAGUAUUGCAAGUGCGUACACUCUUGGAGAAUCCAACGCGUUACCACGUAGUGCAAAAGCAGAAAAAUCAAGUGCGUCAGUACCUGCAUGAAUCGUUCCGCGGCGGCGGUGGCGGCGACGGCAAUGCGGUCGUCGGUGGUAGCGCCGGUAGCGAGGGCGGUGGCAGGACACCGGUCGACUCCGGGCCACCGCCCGUUCCAAUGGUGGUGCAAAGUGCACCACCCGGCCCGCAGCUGCAUCACCCAAAGCCGCAGCAUCCUCAUCUCGCUUCGUAUCCGCACGGCCCCACGCUGCUGCCACAUCAUCCCGGUAACCCCACGGUAGUCUCGCCGAGCCCGGACCCCGCCACUACCGGCACCAUGUCUCCAGGUCUGUCCAGCGUCGCCACCAGCAACUCCGAGGCUGAGGACCUCCUGGACGAUAUUUUGUCGUUCGAGGCUGGUUCCUUAGGUGAUGGAUUAAAAGAUGGCCAAGCCGGAAGCCUCACUAAUAUACCGGAACUACAGAUUAAGCCGGAGCCCCUUUUGCUUACGGAAGCGGAGAUUCACGCCCUCGCUAAAGACCGGCAGAAGAAGGAUAAUCAUAAUAUGAUCGAGCGACGGCGGCGUUUCAAUAUCAACGACAGGAUCAAGGAGCUCGGCACCCUUCUGCCCAAGACCAAUGAUCCAUAUUACGAAAUCGUUCGAGACGUCAGGCCGAACAAGGGCACUAUUCUCAAGUCUUCGGUGGAGUAUAUAAAACUGUUGAAAAACGAGCUCACGCGAAUGAAGCAGAACGAGCUCAGGCACAAGCAAUUGGAGCAUCAGAAUCGACGGCUGCUCCUGCGCGUGCAGGAGCUUGAGUUGCAAGCGAAAGCACACGGGCUUCCGGUUUCCGAUUUCAACUGGGCGUCCACUUCCGUUGCUAUGCUCAACACUUUCCCGAGGGGUAAACUCGAGCAACGAAAGAUGCCGGACCUGGUGACGGGUGACGAGGCGACGAGUCUGAGCAUGUCGCAGCUCGAGGAUCUCAUGGAGGACGACACCGGUGGUCCCGUGCACGGCGGUGACCCGAUGCUUUCGUCGCCGCACCUGCCACCGCUGAGCCCACCUGCGGCUGCCUGUCACCACGGUUUACCCGACGAAGACACCCUCGGCAGUUUGGCAGUAACCACGUCGAAUUCCUCGUCCGACAUGGACAUCGUCGCGUAGCCGAAAAACCGCCGUCGUCUGUCAGUCUCGCGCGUGAUCGAAAUCGACUCCCGAAACUUUCUCGCAUAGUCGUCGAGAGGAUUUUCUGGUCAGUGCCCGACCGAAGGUGAUCGAUCUAGAUUUAUGUAAGAGAGCGGAACACACUGCUUCAGUUACGAGUACAAGGCAGCGGGCUGUUGCAACAUGUAAAUCUUUAUCGCGAAAGGACAUUCGGGAAAGAAAUUUGCGUGGCAGCAAUUGAAUUUUUAGUGGAGCAAACUAGUCAUCGAUUCGAGCUCUGAGAGAAUUCACUUCACCAGAGGAUUAGCAAAGGGAAUCGAAAGAAGGAUAUGGAUAUUACUCAUCAUGAAAUUUAAGAGAAACGUUAUCGAUACAAUAAACUUGAAGAAGAAAUCGUUAUAUUAUUUCAAAAUUUUGAUGAUGCAAUACAAAGGAAGAUAAUAUAUAUAAUUUGUAUAAUCCGCUACAAGAAAAAGAAGAAAAGAAAGAAGGAUGAAAACUAGAAGACUGAAAACAAGUUAAAAUCUUUCCAUCGGGAUAUCACAAAUACAUACUCAUCGGUAUUAUGAAUGCCUGCCAAUUAUCAUGCCAAUAAUGCCUAUAAUCAUCAAGAAUAUAUUUAGCGAUUGUUGUGGUACCAUUAUUUUCCAUGAUUGUCUAAUAUGUUAUUAAUGACUAGUUUGGAUAUCUUUUUAUUGACUGGGCAGCAACUUUCGAAGAUCCCUUUCAAUUUGGAAAAUUAUAAAGAAGGUCGUGGGAAAAAUUGCUGCGUGACGUUUGUGUUUCGCGUCUUUGGAGAUUCAGCACGAGACUCGGAUGGACGUUUUUCAGGUCGAUGACGAGAUCCUCGAGAGGCAAUCGGGCGUUUUCGGCCUGAUAGUUCUUGGCUCCGGGUUUUUUGAAGUAGCGGUGAAAGUCGUCAUUGCCGGGCGACGGAGGAGGAGUUCAGGGUCGUUUCAAUUGCGAGGAACGGGAGGGCUCGAUGUCACGAUUCUACGAACGGCUGGCCGUUACAUGGAUGGAAUGUGUGACGUCUUAUGUGCGUUGUAGUUUAUGUCAGUGCACCGAAGGACGCGCUUCUGUCGCGCUCGAGACGAACUUAAACGUUCGUGCGAUAUUAUCGUUAAUCAAGGACGACGCAAUUGUCGAUUGUACAUCAGUGAUGCACAUUGCGACAAUUUUAGGAUUUUUGAUGAAGAACGAGAAUACCUUCUCGUAAAAGUGUUAGUUAUGUAGUUCAUUAUGAUAUUACUUAAUCGAGAAUUUAUUUUCAUAAUUUGCCAGUGUUUGCACGAUAUGCCCAGAAAAUAAUCUGAUAAUGGAGAUAUUUUUUAUAAAAGAUUUUCCGAGAUUCUCUUCGAGUAUGUUCGAUAAAAAAUAUAAUUGGUGAAUGAAAUUUUUCAAAAUAAUUGUACAUUAUAAAAAAAUGUAUUGUUUUUGUUCGCAAGGUUACAGAAUAUCAGAAGUUAUUGGAAACAUAUUAUAAAAAUGAAUUUUGCAUAUUUUCCUUUUAAUAAGUAUUAUUAAAACUAAAAUAUCGCAAUUAUAAGAGAUGAAUGAUAGAUAAUUAUUGACAAUUGUUGAUUAAAGUGUUUUAAGACUAGAAUUAGAUCCGAUUCAAAUGUCAUAAGAAUUUGACAUUGCCACCGAAUCCGAGUGCCUUUGUAGAAAACGAGUCGAGGGAAUAUAUUUUCGCAAAUA